UCCACCCCUUUGUCGUUGUUUCAGUCCUCAAAAAUCAAAAUUACAUUCUUCUUUACCAAUUUGUUGACCAUUGAAGGUUUGUGUUCAAUUGCUCAUGCUUGUUUUUAAGAGUUAUAUCCUUAUAUCUAUUAGAUCAUACAGUACAUUGCAAAAGAACGAUGUCGAAGUUUGUGGCAAAGAUAGCAGGGUUGUUCAGCAAGCGAACAAUGGUGGGCAUGGACCAAGCUGGGAAUCGUUAUUUCACUCGAAAUGAAGCCAUUGAUGGAGUCAUGAAAGAGAAGAGAUGGGUGAUAUUUAAAGGAGAAGAAGAUCCUACAUCAGUUCCAGUUGAAUGGAUAUGUUGGCUUAACGGACAGCGCAAAAAGUCUCCAACUCCAGAGGAAAUGGCAGAACUUGAGGCCAGGCGUGAAUUUGUUAGACAAAACGUAAAACGUCUAAAGAAAGAAGAGGAAGAAAGAAGAGCUAUUCAGGGCAGUACUCACCAUGCCAAGAUAACGGGUAAUGUUGGAGGUCCAGAUUUGCAGAGUUUCUUGCGGCAAUUACAGAAAACAGAAGGAUCUGAAUCUCAGGAAGCAUCUGAAGCCACUGGCACUUUGAGCAAAGAUGAAACAGAGAUGGAUAAAACAGAAUCACUUGAGGAAACAUUAGAACCACGGACUCCUGAGCCAACGGGGUCAGGCUCUUCUUUCAAGCCCGGGACAUGGCAGCCACCAUCGUAGUGGCCAAAUUCGUGAAGUUUUGUCCUCUUCAUUUUUUCCCCGGGCUGGAUGCUGGACGUGCAGACGGUGCGAUUUUGGGUCAGAUACUACUUUAAUAAGAUAGAAAGGGCUUUUCUCGUCAAGUUUAGUUUGGAAAAUUAGCAUACACAAUAGCAUGUGAUUUAAUUUGUACUCGUAGUUUCAAGUGGUUACAUAUCUCUAUGAAAACAGAACAAUGGGGGACACGAUUGUUGUACACUUGUAAGAAAUAACCUUACUGAACCAGCACAUGUUAUAACAGUCUAACAUUAUACAGUUGAAGGGGCUUGACCCUGUGACCUCCAAGUCACAAGGUAAGUUUUCCACCAACUUAUGUUGGUUUACAUGUUUUUUUUUCUUCUAAUAUAAGUAUCCCACAUUAGUUGCUUGCUAGUA